UUAAUAAUCUAAUAGAACAGGCCAUAUCAGCUGUUGAUAUUGUUGUUGGUUAGAUAAAAACGAUAAAGUAUAAAACGUGUUUCACGUUUCACUGUAAUUACUAAUUUAAUAUAAUUAAUAUUAUCGCUUUUUAAAGUUAAUUAAUAAAUUAUGACUUCAAAAACAGUAGUUGUCACUGGUUUUGGACUUUUUCGUGACUAUAAAGUGAAUGCAAGUUGGGAGGUUGCUCGAAUAUUAUCUGAAACUGGCAUCAGUGAUGAAUUAAAUAUAAAUUUGGUCACAAUCAAUAUUCCUGUGUCUUACAAAGAUGUUGAUGAUAUUGUGCCAGCACUCUGGGCUCAACAUAAACCUGCUCUCAUGGUUCAUUUGGGCGUAUCACACUUGGCUAAAACGUUAACGGUUGAGUUGAUUGCUAAUGGGCAUGGUUAUUGUAGUAUGGAUAUCUAUGGAAACUGUCCUGAUGAUAAAUGUUUAAUUAAUAAUGUAAUUGAAACGGGCUUGAAAAUAGAAUGCACUGAUGAAUUAGAUAUCUGCACUUCUCAAGAUGCUGGAAGGUUUUUAUGCGAGUACAUUUAUUUUAAGUCUCUAUGUAUUAAUAAAAAUCAAACUAUAUUUAUUCAUGUACCGCAAUUGAAUCAAGAUAAUACAGCUCAAAAACUAGCUGAAAAACUUAAAUAUAUUAUCAAAAAAUUACUAGACCAAGUUGCAGAAUAAUUUGAUGAAAUACCUUUAAGUAAUUUAAUACUUUAUAUAAUUUGUGAUAACUUUUCUUUUAUUAGAUUUUAAAUUUUCAUAUUGCUUUUCUUAGUGGGUUUUUUUUUUUUAAAUUUUAACUGUAAUAAACAAUUAUUUGAUAUGAUAACUAAUUCAAGUACAUCAAUUAUUACAGUUGUGGUCGUAUGAAUAUAUUAUGUUGUAGUAUAAAUAAAAUUAUUUUAAGAAUUUAA